CGAUACCUAAAGGAUUCGAAGCACCUGAUGUGUCGAUUCCGUGUCGCGCUUGCGUUGUAGGGUUGGAAUAAUGGGUCCUUGAGUGUGUGAAGAGGGGGUGUUUGUUUAUUUAUUUUGGAGAGCAUUAUUAACAUAUAUAUUACACAAACAUAGAAAGAGCUGAACGGCAUGGACUGGAAGGUGUAAAGUGUAAUUCGGAGCCCGACUCGGAGUUGAGCAGCAGCCCUGUGCUGGAGAGCUGAUCUCCGGACGAGCCUUCGUGUCAGGUCUCGGUGAAAAAGCCGACUUUUAACCAGCAACUUUAUUUGUUUGGAGACACUAUGGCGCAUGGAGGACCACCUCCUCGAUGGCUAAACUGUCCCCGGAGAGGACAACCUGUAGCUGGUAAAUUCCUACCAAUGAAAACCAUGUUGGGUCCCAGAUACGACGACAUGGUCCCAGAGGAGAACAGGUUUCAUCCGAGCAUGCUGUCCAACUACCUUAAAAGUCUCAAGGUCAAGAUGGGUUUGCUGAUCGACCUGACGAACACGACGCGCUUUUAUGACCGGGCGGAUAUCGAAAAAGAAGGGAUCAAAUACAUCAAACUUCAGUGUAAAGGACACGGCGAAUGUCCCAGCGACGAGACGACCAAGGCGUUCAUCAGGAUAUGCGAGCACUUCGUACAGAAGAAUCCCACCGAACUCAUAGGUGUCCACUGCACUCACGGCUUUAACCGGACGGGCUUUUUGAUCUGUACCUACCUGGUGGAGAAAAUGGACUGGAGCGUCGAAGCCGCAGCGGCCGCAUUCGCUCAAUCCCGCUCUCCCGGCAUCUACAAAGAAGACUACCUAAAAGAGCUUUUCCGCCGCUACGGCGACGUGGACGACGCUCCCCCGGCCCCCGAGCUUCCCGAUUGGUGCUUCGAAGACGGCAAUGAUGACGCCGACGACGACGGCAACGUGAUCGGUCAGGACUCCGGACCGAGCUCAUCGGGCUCCAAUCAGGGCAAAAAGAAGAGGGAGAAACUCAAACUGGGUGCCACGUUUCUUGAGGGCGUCUCGGUCAAAGGGGUGACCCAGUUGACCACUCAGCCCAAACUGGGCCAGAUUCAGCGCAAGUGUCAGGAGUUCUGCGAGUGGGAAAGGUCUGGCUUUCCUGGAGCUCAGCCUGUGUCCAUGGACAGGCGCAACAUUCAUCUAUUGGAGCAGAACGGCUACAAGGUCAGCUGGAAGGCAGAUGGAACACGGUACAUGAUGCUGAUCGACGGCAGAAACGAGGUGCACAUGAUCGACAGGGACAACUCGGUCUUCCACGUCGCCAACCUGGAGUUCCCGUACCGCAAGGACAUGAGGACCCACCUGUCGAACACACUGCUGGACGGGGAGAUGAUUGUCGACAAAGUGAACGGACAGCCAAUCCCACGCUUCCUUAUCUACGACAUCAUCAAAAUAAACGGCCAGCCGGUGGGCCAGUGCGACUUCAGCAGACGCCUGCUGUGUAUCGAGAAGGAAAUCAUCUUCCCUCGCUCCGAGAAAAUCAAGAUGGGCCAAAUCGACAAGACCAAGGAGCCUUUCAGCGUCAGGAACAAGCCGUUCUUCGACCUUCACGUGGCACGAAAGCUCCUCGAGGGCAGUUUCACCUCUCAAGUUAGUCACGAAGUGGAUGGACUGAUCUUCCAGCCCAUCGGGAAGUAUAAGCCGGGCCGCUGCGACGAAAUCCUGAAGUGGAAACCUCCCAGUCACAACUCCGUGGACUUCCGACUGAAGAUCUCCAAAGUUGGAGGAGAAGGGGAGAAGAAUCUCCUGCUAUGGAGCUCCAACCCUUUUAAAAAUCUUUGUGAUGUAUUGGAGCGGAAUGAGCACAAAUCUCUUCAAGCUCACCCCGAAAUCUAGUGGAACAUCUUCCCAGAGGAAUGGAGGAUAUUAUAAGAGUAAAUGGGGACUAAAUGUGGAAUGGGAUGUUCAGAAAUACCAAUCUUAUGGUGAGGUGUCCAUUAACAUUUGUCCAUGUAAUAUAAUAUGAGUAAUAUUACAUUAGACUCCAGCUCAAAUAGACAUCCAUUUCAACAAAGCCAGGUUUUAUGGAAAUGCACUUCAAUUUUUUGAGGAAAAAAUCCGCUGUGACUCUGCGACUCAUCACUGCAGAAGAAAGUUCUGUUAGAUGUUAAGCAGGACCCGAGAGCUGAGCUGGCGGGUCGAUUCCCACAAAGCUCUUGUGAUGAAGAGGGCUGCUAGGCACCGAGGUUACGGUUCCAUGUCUGCCCCUGCCAGGCAACAGAGAGAUGUGUAAAGCACUUGUCGCUCUCGCCCACGCCAUCCCUCUCUUCCUCCCACUCUCUCUCAUCCUUUUUUUUUUUUCUUUCCUAAGCACUCCUAUCCUAUACCUUCCUCCCAUUAUAUUCAAGGGGCUCACAGAAAAAAGCAACAAGAAAGACAAUAGACCCGGAGAAAAGAAACUCGGGGUUGGUUUGUAUAGGCAGACUCUACCUGCUGUUCUCGAAAAAUAAAAGCUCACAUUAUUUCCAAGUUGAA